AUGGUCGAUAAAUGUCUGGCUGAAGAGAACGAUGAGCAAGAGCCAUCGUGCAGUGAUGAUACGUGCUGUGUGUGUAUGUCCAGAGUCGCUACCGUACACGCCUAUCCAUGCGGACACAAGAUCAGCUGUAGACUCUGCGCCACGAUGAUGCUCAAGACGUCUGCGAAGGCCCAAGAGAAACAUUUCCGUUGUAUUAUGUGUCGAUCGAAUGUCUACAGGCUACGAUAUGUUCGACAAGAUCCCGGUAGUAAUUUUAUGCAA